UUCGCUUUGUUAUCAAUGGACGGUGUACACCGGUCAUAUGCAUCAUCAUCGAAUGAUUUAUUGAAUGAUAAAGUUACUGUUAUGAAAAAAUUAUUAUUGAAAAAACAAAAAUCUAUUAAAUAUGAUAAUCAUGAUCAGGAUGAUUAUAUUGAUACUACAGAAAAAUUAUUACAUUUUCCAUCAUUAUCAUCAUCAUCAUCAUUACAAUCAUCAACAAAUACAACAUUAAUCUAUACAAAUCGUUUUACAUCAAAAAGUGCCAUGAAUACAUUUAUUAAUUUAUUCUGUUUUCGUAAUGAACAUUUUAUAAAUAACAAAACUAAUAAUACGACAAAACAAUUAUUAUCCAUUAAUGAUAAUGAUAAUUAUGAAAUAAAAACAGAUCCACCUAUGAAUAAAUUAAAUCAAAAUAUUGAUGAUGAAUUUGAUUCGGUUACAUCAUCAAUCGAUAGUGCAUAUAGUUCAACAUUAUCAUCAUCAAAUGAUUCUAAUCCAUCGAUAAUUCCAUUAACAAAAGUAUUGGUUAAAUUUAUUGAUGAUGAACCAUGUCGUACACCGAUUGUGAUUACAAAGCAAAAUAUCGUUAACGAUAAUAAAGCUAAUAAUAAAACUUUACAUGGAAUACUACGUUUACGUAAUUGCAGUCAUUCAUCAAAUACAUCAUCAUCAUCAUCAUCAUCAUCCACAACAUCGACCCAAUUCGAUGAUGUUGGAUCAUCAUUAUCGAAACGUGUACAUUUCGCUAAACCAUUACAUACGUUCACAUUGUAUAGUUUAUCCUAAUCAAUAUAUGCAGG